AUGUCAAGUAAGACCGCAUUGGUUACUGGUGCUACCGGUCUCCUUGGUAGACAGGUCGUAAGGGCUUUCGAAAGAGGAAAAUGGAAUGUGAAAGGCACAGGCUACUCCCGCGCCGACGGGGUAUCAGUUCUCAAAGUUGAUCUGGUCAAUGCGGAACAGCUUACAGCUGCGUUAGACGACGUCAAACCGCAGGUCGUGGUUCAUUGCGCCGCAAACCGGUUCCCCGAUAAAUGCGACAAGGACCCCGAAGGGACCCGUGCUCUAAAUGUUGAGGCAACCAGGAGACUUGCGUCGCUUUGUGCCGCCCGCGGCAUCUUGCUGAUCUACAUAUCCACCGACUACGUAUUUCCUGGUAAACCCGGCGAUGCGCCUUAUGAAGCAGACGCGAAACCACAGCCCACGAACUUGUACGGUCAGACGAAGCUAGACGGAGAAUAUGUCGUGUUAGAAGAAUACCAGAAGGCCGGCAAGGCAGGGCUAGGAGUGGUCCUGCGAGUUCCCGUAUUGUACGGUGAUGCAGAGGUUCCGGCUGAGAGUGCUGUGAAUAUCCUCUUGGAUAAUGUGUGGAAGGCACAAGAAUCCGUGUCCAAGAUUAAGAUGGACCACUGGGCCCUUCGUUAUCCUACCAAUGAUAUUUCUGUUAAGUAUCUAGGUUCCGACGACAAAUCCAAGCUGCCUUCUAUCCUCCAAUUCUCAUCGGAGGACAAGUGCACUAAAUACGAGAUAUGUCAACGCUUUGGUGAGAUCAUGGGUCUGUCGAUCGCAGGUAUCGAACCCAAUACAGAGGGGAACGAUCCCAACGCAUCGGUUCAGAGGCCUUACGACUGCCAUCUCAGUACAAAGGCGCUGAAGGAUCUCGGUAUUGACGUGUCCACUCAAGAUUUCACCGGCUGGUGGAGGUGGAACGUCAAAGCCUUUAGAAAAUGA